UGGCUUAUUGUAGACCUGUAUCGAGCUCAAUCAUGACUGUAACAUACACAGCUAACGUGAGCACUUCAAGGCUUUUGAGCAAUUUUUUGAGAUUGCUAUUCAGGUGGCGUGGCAGUAUUUACAAACUAGUCUGGGCGGAUUUGAUUGUUUUUCUUGGUUUAUAUUUGAUACUGGCUAUAACAUAUCGACUGUUCAUGAAUGAUGCAACACGCAAGGCGUUUGAGUCUGUGGCGACCUAUUGUUACACCCAUGCCAGCUUAAUACCGUUGUCAUUUGUGCUGGGCUUCUAUGUGAGCAUUGUUAUGACGCGCUGGUGGGCGCAAUAUACGACCAUUCCAUGGCCAGAUUCGGUGGCCACACUCGUCAGCUCCAGUGUGCAUGGCUUCGAUGAUCGUGCCCGGGCCAUGCGACGCACAAUCCUGCGAUAUGUGUGCCUGUGUCAGGUUAUUGUCUUCACAAUGAUAUCGCCCAGCGUUAAAAAGCGUUUCCCCACCUACGAUCAGAUCAUCGAAGCGGGUCUGCUGCAGGAAAACGAAAAGAAUAUAAUUGCGACGCUGGAUCUGGCAUUUCCACACUAUCCCAAACACUGGAUGCCCAUCGUCUGGGCCGCCAGCAUUGUGAUGCGGGCCCGGAAGGAGAAUAAGAUUCGCGAUGAUUAUGCGGUCAAAUCGAUUAUCGACGAGCUGAACCACUUUCGAGGCCAAUGCGGAUUUCUGCUGUAUUACGACUGGGUCAGUGUGCCCCUGGUUUACACGCAGGUGGUUACACUGGCCACCUACACGUUCUUCCUGUGCAGCGUCAUUGGCCAGCAGUGGAUUGAGAAUCCGAGGAGUCGCACAGCCACAAAUAAAAUAGAUCAAUACUUUCCUAUUAUGACGGUUCUGCAGUUCUUCUUCUAUAUGGGCUGGCUGAAAGUAGCCGAGUCCCUAAUUAAUCCCUUUGGCGAAGAUGAUGACGAUUUCGAGCUCAACUGGAUGAUUGAUCGCAAUCUGGCUGUGUCCUAUUUGAUUGUAGAUGAGAUGCAUCAGGAUCAUCCGGAGCUGCUCAAAGAUCAAUACUGGGAUGAAGUGUUCCCCAAUGAGCUACCUUAUACCGACGAAUCGAAGCGUCAGGGACCGCCAGAAGCAUCCACAGCCAAACUGGUUGCAUCGAAAACACCUGUCGCUGAGUCGAGAAAAGCUAUUGAAAAUGUUAUGCAACGCAGCGGCUCAACUAGCACCUUUAUUUCAUGGUCCACCUCUGAAAUUCUACGCAUGCGCAACCACAACAUGAACAAUUCUCGCGUAACCUUCCGCGACAUCAACUCGAACUUGAAAGUGAAACCAGCAGCAAGCUUGAACUUGGAGGAGCUAAUCGAGCAGCGCCAUCGCGAGAGAAGCGAGAGAUUGCGUCAUCGAUUCCUUAAUAUGCGCUCCAAUCAGAGACCCUCUUCAUCAGGACGCUAUAAGGUUACGGUAUUACGUCCCCCAUCACCACGCAGUAGUGACCUUGGUUCACAACCCAUAUCGGAGGGAGAAGAGGAGCACGUAGAAGAGUCUGCAGUUCCCAAUAAUAAACAAGAUAAAUAUGAAUAGCAAAUAAUUUUAACAUUUAUUAAUAUACAUAAAAAAGAUGUGGUUUUGAAAACCUAUUAAAUAAUUAUAUGUUCC